AUGUCAUGUAAGCCCAAAGGAAAAUUAUUUUUUCUAUUUAAGGAUAAGUUAUGACACCUUUAGAAACUGAAGAAAUAGUAGUUCUAAUUAAGGUUCUUUGAGGUAUCACUCAAAUUUCUUAGAGAUCGAUGUCUCGGUAUGGUUAUGCGAAUAGAGGCUACUCCUCCUACAAUGGAGUUCCGCCACGUGCUAACGAAUGGAGCGAAGCAAGCUACGCCUCCGAUGAUCAUGUGUGCCGGCCGGUCAUCGUCGAUGACGAGGGCCGGAAAAUGCCAAUUGUUAUGAGCAUCCCCGGCGUCUAUGACUAUGAGCAGAGGUAUGCUGCAAAAGUUGAGAGAGUUGUUGAGCAUGUCCGUGUACCUGUAUUCGCACAAUUCAGAAAAAGCUCCUCCCCACCCAAGAUUGAGCCUGCGGAGGAUUAUGGCUACAGAUAUAGCUCCCUGCCGCCAAAGGUUGAGCCAGAGAAAAUGUAUGGAAGAUAUAGCUCCCCACCAAAGAAGGAGACAGGGAAGGACUAUGGACACAGAAUGCAUAGCUCCCCACCAAAGGUCGAACCAAUGAAAGACUAUGGAUAUAAAGUGGAUCAGCCAAGGAAAGAUUAUGGAUAUAAGGCGGAGCCAGUGACGGACUAUGGAUAUAAGGCGGCUGAGCCAGUGAGAAACUACGGAUAUAAGGCGGCCGAGCCAGUGAAAGAGUAUGGAUAUAAAGCUGAGCCAAUGAAAGACUAUGGAUACAAGGCGGAUCGGCCUGUGAAAGACUAUGGAUACAAAGCAGAUCAGCCAGUAAAAGACUAUGGAUAUAAGGCUGCAGAUCCAGUGAAAGACUAUGAAUAUAAGGCGGCGGAGCCAAGGAAAGGUUAUGGAUAUAAGGCGGCUGAGCCUGUGAAAGAGUAUGGAUAUAAAACUGAGCCAGUGAAAGACUACAAUUAUGGCGGUGACAAAUGGCGCAGGCCUUCGAGUCCACCUGAAGAUCGCCCACAAGAAGUUGAGGAAUUCAUCACCAAAGUCCAGACCGAAGCUAGCCGACCCAACAGGUUCCCUAUAAAUCCAGCGAACAGGCGCCAAAUCCCUGUCGCAAACAGGAAUAAUGGUGACUAUGAUGAUUACUACCGCAGGAAUGAUGCCGCCAUGGAGCCAAGUCAACCAACCAUGGUCACAACCGGAGGCCGGAGUCAGCCAGCUCGUGAUGGCAAGCUCGGCAAACCUACUUCUGACAUUGCCACCGCCAUGGAGAAUUUGAAGGAGGCUGCAACGGCUUUAUCUGUCACAACAGGAGUACCAUACAAAAGAAACUCCAUUCCAGAAAUCAUUGACAGCAGGGAGGCUGCAAGGCGAUACAGCAAUUUGAACGUGCCAUCUAGGCCCGAAACAACUGGUGAGACUUACACACCAACCAUCACUAGUAAGGAGGCUGCUAAGAAGUAUGGCGGCGUACCUGUUUGAGAUAUCCAUGCUUCCUGCAGGGAGGUUAAUUUGCAUGGAAAUGUUAGCCUACUCUAUCAGUCUCUGUUUCCCCCCUGUUGUUUACCAAAUAAUUAGUAUAUCCCAUGUGGCUUUAUGAGUAUAUAAUUAAUCUUAAUGGCAUUCCCCUGAGGGCCUUCUUGUAGUAAUUAAGCAUAUGCAAUAAACUUCAGUAUUUUCUCA